AUGUAUCCGGACAUAUCAUCUAAAAGGUAUCGUUGUUGGAAUGAUACUCAAUGUAUAACCCCAUUACAAUUAUGUGAUUGUGUCAAGGAUUGCUUGUACGGUGAUGAUGAAUUAGUAUGUUCAUGGAUGAAAAACAACAAGUGUGAUCUUCAGAAUUUUUAUUGUAAAGAUGGACGGCAGAUACCAAGAUCUUUUCGAUGCAACGAUAACCACGAAUGUGAAUCUAAUGAAGAUGAAAUUCUUUGUGACUUAAUAGAUCGAUACAGACCAUCGAACAAUUAUUUUGAGAUUAAAAAUUUUGUCGAGUAUCCAUUACUGUUCAACACUAAUAUUGAUGUUUUGAAAAUAAGGCCAUUAAAUGAGAAGAAAAUUAUGAUGUCUUCAACGAAAAAGGACGAUGACAUUUAUCGUGUUUGGUAUUGUAAUCGUGGAAUUUUGGUACAAUCAGUCAGUGGAAAUUAUUGCUUUUGUCCGCCAUCUUAUUAUGGUAAUCGGUGUCAGUAUCAAAAUGAACGUAUAACAGUGACACUUCAAGUUCAAAAACUAAGUGCAUUUGAAUCAUUUGAUGUUUUCAAAUUAGUAAUCUUAUUAUUUGAUGAUAAAAACAGUAUUAUUUCUUACGAACAAAUAUUAUACAUACCAUCAGUAUUUGUUGCUUGUAGACCAAAAUACCUUAUCUAUUUACUCUAUCAAACUCGUCCUAAAUUAUACUCAAACUAUUCUGUUCGUAUUGAUGUUUUUAGUGUAAAUGCGUUGAAUAAUAUUAUUGUAUAUAAAGCAAGUUGGUUGUUUAAUAUUCCAUUUUCAUUUUUACCCGUUAAUAGACUUGCAGUAGAUUUAGUAAUAUCUAUAAAAAAAUCGGAAAAAGUGGCUUGUCAAGAUGCAAAUCUAAAAUGUGAAAAUGGACAAUGUUUCCAAUACUCAAAUUCUAAGACAUAUUAUUGUAGAUGUAACAAGGGCUGGUCUGGCAGAUUAUGUGAUAUUCAACAUCAGUGUCCUUGUUCACCAGGCUCAGUAUGUAUUGGAACAACUAUUGACUCAAGGCCAAUAUGUAUAUGUCCGUUAGGGAAAAUCGGUCCAUUAUGUUAUAUUUUUCACGGAUUAUGUAAACGAGAUAGCUGUAAAAAUGGUGGCAUUUGUGUCGUUUUGGAUCAGAGAGUGUCAAGAGGUUUCUCUUUUGGUAUCUGUUCAUCAGCAGAAUACUACAGUGAAUUUUGUCAUCGUAUAAGAAACAAAGUUCAUAUUUCAUUCGUUGGUGUAUCAGUACCAAUGUCACUAUUAGUUCAUUUUAUAUUAAUAUAUAAUUACCACUUGCCGGACCGCACUACAUUGGUCAAACAAAUACCUAUGUAUCAAAAUAAUCUUAUUAUACAUCGGUCAUCAGAUCAAUUAUUUCAAAUUAUUUAUUUGGAAUUUCAAAAUAAUUAUUAUUUAAUUCAUUUACGUAAAUCUAAGAUAAGUUCAAAAUACACUAAUGCAAUAGUUACACCGUCAAAUAGAUGUCCACAUAUACAAGAAUUACUUAAUAAUACAAUAGUCUCAUACCAUUUAUUAAAAGGAAUAAAACAGUAUCAUCGUCCAUGUCAACAACAACAUGAAUUGAAAUGUUUUUAUGAUGAAACACAGAUGUGCUUAUGUACAGAUGAUCAUAAUUCAGAUUGCUUUGAUUUUGAUCACAAUAUGACGUAUAAUUGUAACGGUUAUAAUUAUUGCGAAAACGAUGGAAUAUGCUUUCAAGAUCAGCCAUACUGUCCUACAGAUUCUGUAUGUAUAUGUAAACCGUGUUAUUAUGGGAAUUUAUGUCACCUGUCAUCGUCAUAUUUUGUACUUUCACUUGACGCAAUUAUAGGUUAUCACAUUCAGCGUUAUACAAAGAUUAAUCAUCAACCGUUCAUAGUUAAAUUAAGUAUUGUAAUAACAACAAUUAUGCUUACAUUUGGUAUUAUAAGUAAUUUAUUAUCGAUAUUAACAUUCAAGCAGAAGAAAACACGUGAUGUUGGUUGCGGUAUCUACCUACUAUCAUCUUCAAUAAUUUCUCUACUAAUAAUAUGUAUGUUUGUCUUAAAAUUUUGGGGUUUAUUAUUAACGCAAAUGAUGCUUUUCACAAAUCAAACAUAUCUUCAUGUUGAUUGUAUUCUCACUGAAUUUUUAUUAAAGUUUUUACUACCAACAGAUGAUUGGUUAAAUGCAUCUGUUGCUAUAGAACGUGUAGCAACAGUUACACUAGGUGCAAACUUCAAUAAGUCUAAAAGUAAACGAUCAGCUAAAUUCAUUAUAAUUUUUAUUAUCGUUAUAAAUAUCGCUAGUUCAAUACAUGAUCCAAUCAAUCGACGAUUAAUUGAAGAUCCUCAAGACCAACGUUCAUGGUGUUUUGUCAGUUAUCAACAUUCAACUUUACUAACAUCUUAUAAUACCGUAAUUAACAUGAUACAUUUUAUUCUACCAUUCAUUAUUAAUUUCGCAUAA